CCGUUGCUUCGUCUGAGAUUACCUAGGAUGUCUACUGGAGCUCGUCUGUGCUGGAGGAACGCUAAACCCACCUAUCUUCGGUUGUUGCGCUCUUAGAUCUAUUGUAGGAGAUCCUUCUGUUGGAGUUAGGCCUGGUUUCCUGGUACGAUUAUCAGUUUCCGACUGUUCAUUUUCCCUGGAAUCCCUGAUGCGACGGUGAAAAUAGGCAGCACCUGUUGAUCCUUCCUCGGACAGGUCAUUUAGCUUUCGUGCGGUUUUCCCGCGAAUAUCUUAUAAUAGAAAACAAGUCUCGUCGGUAAGUUCCUUGUUCGUGCGAGCGUGGAAUGGCGUCGCGGGAGAGCGACGUGAUGGCGUCACUCGCGGAGGACUUCCCGUCGCUCAAGGCCAAGUGGGUGGUCAUGCAGCACGCCAGGAAGCCCGGCACCAUCUUCGACGACCUCGCCUUCGUCCCCGAGCACGACCUUCUGGAUUCCUCGUGGCUCGACCCCGCGCACGACGCCCCCAACAAGGCCCCGAGCAAGCAGGACCGACCGGCCUGGCAGGUCAAUCUCAGACCCCCGCCGCCCGCAUCCACCGACGUCGCCCCCUCGUCUCUCCGCAAUCCCCCCCCUCCCCGUGACGACAAUCUCGAUUGCCUCCUCGCGGCGCAGCUCUCCCCGCCCGACAUGGCAGCGCCGGGGAACGCGGGGGGAAGCGCGGCGGGUCUUCGCGAGGACGAGAUGGAGGCUUGGUUCCAGUACCCGCUGGGCGAGCCCGUGGAGGGUUUCGACCGGUUGAGAGCGGUAGAGGGGCUUAAGGUCGCGGAUGGCGGGUUAAGGCCGGAAGGAUGGCGCGGAGAUGAAAUCUCCGCCGUCGAUCUUGCGAGGAUGAAGGGGGACGGGGGGUUGUUGUGUUCCGCUGCGCAAGGUAGCCACGCAAACCUUGCGGAGUUUGCCGCGCCUCUUUCGCAUGUCGGAGCUGGCGCGGACGCGGGCGCGCGGGCUGCGGGGCCUUGCGGAAGCUUACAGGCGCAGCAGCGCGCCGGGCCGGUUGGUGGUCUUGCGACUGAGGUGGGAGGCGGAGGCGCGGGGAAGAUGGGCGGAGUGAACAGCAUGGUCGCGGCGACGCUGCUGGCGCAGAAGCGCGCCCUUGGCGGACUUGGCGGAGCGGAUGCCAGCGGCGGUGGCGCAGGGGGGAGGGGCGAGAGCGAGGCGCAGAUGUUUAACCAGCUGCGGAUGCAGCAACUGCAGCAGCUGCAGCAGCAGCACCUGAUGCAGCUGAGAGCGAGUCGGCAGCAGCAGCUGCAGGGACUGCAGGAGCAGGAGAAGGAGGAGGAGGAUGUGUUGCAGCAGCAGCAGUUGCUGCUGCAAGAGCAGCAGCGACUGCGACAGCAGCAGCAGCAGAUGAAGCUGAGGCACAUGUGGCAGCAGCAACUGCAGCAGCAGCAGCAGCAAGGGGACGAGCAUGCAGUGUUAGCGCAAGCGGCCCAGGGGGAUAUGCAGAAGAGCCAGCAACAGCAGGCACAGCAGAAGCAGCAAGUGCCGCAGCAGCCACAACCGCAGCAGCAGCAGCAGCCGGCUCUGGACGUUCGUCCGCAGGCGUCGCAGCAGGUCUCGCGAUUUCCCAUCCCCGCCAGUGGCACCUCCGCUCGGCUCAACUUCUCUCACUUUUCCCGCCCCGCCGCACUCUACGGCCGCGCCAACGCCAAGCCCAUAGGCGCAGCCUCCCCCACCGCGCCCGCCGUCUCCGCUGCCCCCUCCGGCGCCAUGGGCGCGUCGUCGAGUGCGGCGCCUCAUCCCAGCGGCAGCGCCGGCAUCGCGGGUGUGAGCGCGCGCCUCACGAAUAAAGCACUCGCGGCUCUUAAAAAUGGCAAGCUCGCGUCGCGCUCCUCCGCGUCGUCCGCGGCCGACUCCAACACGCACGUCGUCGCGCCGCCCAGCGUGCCGCCGUCACCGCACGAGGGGACCGAUGCAGCGGCCGGCACGGCGGCAACUGCGGCGGCGGGCACGGCGUCAGGAGCGGCGCGCUCGUCGGCACCGGGUGCGGCCGCCGGUGCCGCCGCGGCGUGCCGGCCGCUGCCGUACGCCCCUCUGAACGUGUCGCGUCAGCAGCAGCAAGAUCAGCCGCAGGCGCCGCAACAGCCGGCGGGACCUGCGGCGGAGCGGUCGCCUGACGCUGGGCACACGUCGACGGUGACGAGCAACGCGCCCGCGGGCUGCGGCGCACAUGGCGCGCAGAAGGCGGAAAGAGCCGCCACGGACAGCUCUGGAAUGGUGAGGCGCGCGGAGGAGGGCAGCGGAGGGGGGAGCGGGGGAGGCAGCCCGGGGGGAGGGAGCGCGGGCGAGGGCACGGAGCGGACGGAGAGAACAGGUCAGGCGGAGCGGCCUGCGCACACUGCUAGCAUGGGCGGAACGAAGGACUCGUGGCUGCCCGGAGGGAGCCGCGGAGGGGCGCGGGGAGGGCGGAAGCGGGGGAGAGGAGAGGCGGACUACGCACGGACUGAGGAUUUCCCUGAGGAAAGCCUGGAUACGCGCAGAACGGGCGCGACUGGCGCAACGGGCGCGACGAGCGGGGCGGGGCGGAGAAGCGGAGCGGAAGGCAGCGCGGCGAAACGAGCGCGAGCCGCUGAAGUGCACAACAUGUCGGAACGAAGGCGGCGGGACCGCAUCAACGAGCGCAUGAAGGCGCUGCAGGAGCUCAUCCCCAACUCCAAUAAGACGGACAAGGCGUCGAUGCUGGACGAGGCCAUCGAGUACCUGCGCAUGCUGCAGCUGCAGCUGCACGUCAUGUCCAUGCGCACCGGCAUCGCGCUCCCCCCCGCCCUCGCGCUCCCCCAUUCCGCGCCCGCCCUCUCCGCCCUCCCUGCUGCUGCGGCGGCUGCUUCUGCCGGCCAGUCUCCCGCUCCUGGUGCUGCUUUGGGGGGGUUUGCGCUCGGGGGAAUGGGGGGGAUGGGGGGCAUGGACGUGGGCAUGGAUAUGGGCAUGGGGAUGGCGGGCUUGGGGGGGAUGGGCGCAAUGGGCGGAAUGGGGGCAAUGGGGGGAAUGGGGGCACUUGGGCUGGGUAUGGGGGGGCUGGCGUUGGGAGGCAUGGGGGGCAUGGGAGGCAUGGGAGGUUUGGGUUUGGGCAUGGGUACAGGCAUGGGCAUGGGUAUGGGUCUGUCGGAUCUUUCCUCCAUACCAGCGCAGCAGAGGCUGAUGAUGGAAAUGGCGGCGGCAGGGGAGAUGGGUGCUGGGGGGGUGGCAGGGAGAGGAGCCGACGCAGCAGCAGCUGCUGCAGCCAGUGGGGCAGCGGCAGAGCAGAGCCACUUGCAGCAGCAGCAGAUGCUGCAGAUGCUGCAGCAGCAGCAGCAGCGGCAGCAGCGGCAGGGCGAGGCCAUGGAGGGUGCGUCCAUGUCGUUUUUGCCAGGCAGCCGCGAGGCACAGCUGAUGGCGCGGCUGCAGGCGCAGCAGGAGAGGGAGCAGGCGCUGGCGAGGGAGGAGGCGAGGGAGGAGCGGGCGCAGGCACAGGCACAGGCACAGGCACAGGCGCAGCAGGCACGGCAUGAUCGCGAGCAGUUGCAGGCUCAGGUGCAGCAGGAGAGGGAGCGGCAGGUGGUGGAAGCUGGCAUGAGGGGUGCGGAGGAGGCGGCUCAGAACUGCAGGGAGGGGCGGAGUGGUGGCAUGGGGGGGGUGGCAGCAGGCAUGGGAGGGGGAGGGGAAGGGGAGGGGCAGCGGCAGCUGAAGCCGUUGUGUGUGGACCCCAUGGACGCGUAUCUGGCGCGCCACCAACACAUGCAAUCGCAGCAGCAGCAGGCUCUCAACCUGGAGAUGUACCACGCCUUCCUACAACAGCAGCAGCAGCAACAGCAGCAAUAGCAAUAAUUGCAGGCGUAAGAAUAGUAGCAGCCGCAACAAGCGCCGCAAUACGCUGCCGCUGUUGCCCUGCCGAAUGUACGAGCAGUCUGAGUUACUAACACACAAAUCAGCCCACAGAUAUUCGAAAGCAAUGCUUUGUGUAUAAAAAGCCCAUUCUUAGGCAUAUAUACCAUAUGCUUCUCUUUUUUUUUUUCCGAUCAUCAGAUGUAAAUUUGACAUUUUAUACUCUAUUGUUGAUAAUCCC